AUGAGUAACCUAGAUAAAAUGUUCAACCAAUUGCAGCAGGCAGUUGAAGAAUUAACGGCGGAUCUUGCACGUGAUGAUUCGGAUGGUCAACAAAACCAUAAAAGAAAUUCCAAAAAUGCAAAACAUGAAUCAGGUCUUUUUUCUAUCGAAUAUUUUCAAGAAGAGGUUUCGAAAAUUAAUUUAUCUUUAAAAAAAAAACGUUCUCAAAAUUCAACCACCACCACAACCCGUCCUUCCUCACCGCCAAAAAAUCUUACUUCCCCGACGAUUAGUCACCCGAACGAGUCUAGUCUAUCUGACGGAAAAUCGCAUCCCGCUUCUCCGCGAACUGUCACCACUACCUUGCAUCGAAAAUCAAAUUCACUAUCCAACAUUGAACAUCUGAUUUCUGACGUAAAUAAAUCGUCAUCUACCCCGCAGAAAGACGUAAACAUGCAUACGACAAACGGCACCAUGAAAAAGGUAAAGCCAUCAAUCUCUGCUUCGGAUCUAAAGUCUAAUGCAUCUUCGAACUUGCUUCGUUACAAGUCUUUGACGAGGAAUAAUAUUAUUGCACCCGCAAGUUCACUUAAUCACGCAAGUAUUGCUGUGAGCAGUGACGAUAGCGAGGACGUCGAAGAAGAGAACAGCGAAGAUGACUCUGAAUCAACCUCAUCAGUCCCGUCGUCCAACGGAUCGAACGGUCAAAGGAUUACUCAAAACGGGACCAAAAGAAUUUCGCCUCCAACCAAUAACUCCUCAUCCACCCCAGCUUCUAAUCCUUUCACAUCUGGUUCGUUGUUGUCGCAUGAAUUAUCAAAGAAGAGAUCUUUGCAGACUCUAAAUGCUAGCCGAGGAUCGGGAAAACCAUUGGUCAUCCCGAUAAAAGGCUCGCAUGGACACUCAUCAUCACAACGGGAACACAUGGAGAUGGAAAGAGAUAAUAGAAGAAGAGGUCGUGAUAAAAAUGAAGACCGGACUAAGUUUAGAACAAGAGAUCGUGACCAUUUUCAAGGGAAUCAAAGAAUUUCAGAAAGUGAACCAAGAUACUCCAGAUCUGCUGCUGAACAAAAGGAAAGGAACCACAGGC